AACGCCAUGGCGAAUCAAACGACCAGUUACUAUGGGGACGUUUAUCAAUGGAAUAGUACCACUUCGACCACUGAACGAGAUACACAGACCGAAUAUUACCUGCCGAAUUGGACGGAUCUUGUUUUAGCGGGACUGUUCACCAUGUUAAUCAUCGUCACUAUAGUAGGCAACACACUGGUUAUCGCCGCAGUGAUAACAACUAGGCGUCUUCGAUCCGUAACUAAUUGUUUCGUAUCCAGUUUGGCCGCCGCGGAUUUAUUGGUAGGCCUGGCUGUGAUGCCGCCAGCAGUACUAUUACAGCUCACAGGUGGUACUUGGGAGUUGGGCGAAGUACUCUGCGACUCGUGGGUCUCCCUUGACAUUCUUCUUUGUACUGCCAGUAUUCUGUCAUUAUGCGCCAUAUCUAUAGACAGGUACCUAGCCGUAACUCAACCGUUGAUAUACAGUCGACGACGGCGAAGCAAAAGAUUAGCUGGUUUGAUGAUUGUGGCUGUAUGGGUGUUAGCUGGUGCUAUAACAAGUCCACCUUUACUAGGAUGCUUUCCACGGGCGACAAAUCGUGACAGUAAAAAAUGCUCGUACAAUAUGGACUCCUCGUACGUGAUAUUUUCCGCUAUGGGUUCGUUUUUUUUGCCCAUGCUGGUAAUGCUUUACGUAUACGGGCGGAUAUCCUGUGUGAUCGCCAGCCGACAUAGAAACCUCGAAGCCACCGAGAGCGAAAAUACGCGACCACGAAGAAAUGUUUUGAUCGAACGAGCGAAGAGUAUCAGAGUACGAAGAACGGAAUGUGUGACCGGAAGUGUGACUUAUGACAGGGGCUCUGACGAAGUGGAACCUUCGACGACCAGCAAGAAGCCCGGAAUAGUACGCAGUCAUCAGCAGAGCUGCAUUAACAGAGUUGCGAGGGAAACAAAAACAGCUGGCACUUUGGCAGUGGUCGUAGGUGGAUUUGUAGCUUGUUGGCUACCCUUUUUCAUUCUGUACUUGGCCACUCCUUUUAUGCCCAUGGCGCCACCGGAUAUCCUUAUGCCGGCACUCACUUGGCUAGGUUGGAUCAAUUCAGCCAUAAAUCCAUUCAUCUACGCUUUUUACUCAGCCGACUUUCGGCUGGCAUUCUGGCGACUGACGUGUCGAAAAUGCUUCAAGAAUCGAAGUAAUCUGGACCGGAGUAAUCGAAAAUUACCAACCGCCGGUACUUGGAAGAAAGAAGCAUCGAGAACGUGA